AUGGAAGAGACCACACCACUUUUACCCGAGGAAGGCGGCGGCGAUGGCGGCGGCAGCGGCUCCCAGCAGCGAGGGCCUCGGUGUGCUUCCUUCUUUCAGGCACGACGGCCGAGAACCAUUUACUUUCUGUUGUCGUUGAUGGUCUUUGGGUUGUCCUUCUCUGGGUCGUUGGGCGAAGUACCCGUUACGAGAUUGAUUGAGGACAACCUCUGUCAGAGGUACUAUUUAGCCUGGUCGGAUGGGGAAACGCGCCAUAACAAGAUUGACGAGAUUCUUUGCAAGACUGACGAGAUUCAGUCGCAACUGGCCUACUUGAAUGGAUGGCUGCCUAUGAUAGAGGCUGUUGUUGGUCUCAAGUCAGGCACUAACGGCGUAUUCAGAAAAGGUCGCAAGCCGGUCUUGUGGCUCUCCCUCUGUGGUAUCGUCGUAUCCGGCUUAUGGAUAGCUGCCGUUCUAGCCCUGGGUCAAAGAAUUUCCAUAUAUAUCAUUCUCUUUUCACCCGUCUUUGCUCUCGUCGGCGGUGGAAGCACCGUUUUGGUGUCGGCCAUUUACUCUGUCGUGGCUGACGUUGUUUGCGAAGCAGACAGAGUAUCGGCCUUCUUGACCGUGUCGCUCGGGAGUCUCCUCGGCAGUCUAUUCGGCCCGCUAACCGCCUCGUCCCUCAUGAAGACCUCGUCCCCGUGGACUCCCAUUGCACUCAGUCUGCUCAUCUUGCUUCUCGCUAUUGGUGUCAUGGUCUUCAUUCCCGAGACAUUGCCCGCGCGGAAGCAGGAAGAGGAUUGGAGCGUGUCACGGGACGAUUCUUUGUACGGCAUCGUCAACUCAUACGUCUGGGAGUUCAAAGAUCAAGUCAACGAGGCAUUCGGCAUGGUCAGGCAGCCAUCGCUAAGUCUUAUCUUGUUCGCAUUUCCGUGUCCCUCCCCGGUGGGAAUUGCCACCAGCGCACUCUUUAUUCAAUACGUGAGUAAGCGGUCCGAUUGGUCCAUGGCAGCAGCAGGCUACCUGCUCUCGUUGCCAAGCAUGGUGAAUGUAUUUGUCGUUUUGCUCGUCAUUCCGGGGCUCUCGAAGCUCCUCGUCUCCGGUGUGGUGGUGAAGGGUUUCUCAGCCGGUGAGAAGGACCAAAUACUAGCCCAGGCAUCUGCGUUCGCUCUGGCAGCUGGGUUCUUGCUUCUUGCGGGAACAAACAUGCCCAUUGUUAUAAGCGGGCUGAUUGUCAAGACCCUCGGCGCAGGACUUCCGUCACUGUGUCGAUCUCUGGCUGCGUAUCAUACCAGUGCGCAAAACACGUCGAAGCUACAAACAGUGAUUGGGAUUACAGAAACCAUGGGCCUACUAGUGGCAGCUCCAGCGCUGGCAUGGAUGUUUUCGAUGGGCAUGAAGCUUGGAGGAGUCUGGAUGGGCUUGCCCAGCCGCACUGUUGUUUGUCAAGCUCCCAACUGUCUCGUUUGCUUUGUUGGACGAGACGUAUCAUAUGCAAGACGUGGCGCCGGAUACGGCCUCAGUUCGCAGUUUUUUGUCUCAUGGAACGAUGCCGUCAAGGGUACCUCCGAAUGGAUGUUCCUUAAUCUUAGACAACUGCCCAGAUGUCCUCCUUCUCCUGUCGCCACCAUGACUACCGCACACAGGCCAACAUUCGACCCGGCGCGCGGCAAAGAAGCCCUCCGCGGCCCAGCCUACCACCAGCGCCUCCAACCCGCCCACACGCAACUCAAGUUCCGCAAAGCCGGCCAGGGAGGCGACGCCGACGACGAACCCUCUCGCGAUCUCGCAGCCGAGCUGCUCGCCGCCGAAGCAGCCCACUUCUCUAAGAAGAAGGGCGCCCCUGUCCCCGGUGACGGAGAUGACGACCAAGAAAACGUGUCUGUUGCCGCGGAAAAGAGACCACUGCCGCCGGCUGGCGACGGAGAAGAGGACUAUGAGGCGAAGCGGCGGAGGAUAUUAGAAGAAACAAGAGAUAUAGAUGCCGAUGAUAGCAGCGAAGAGGAGGACGAGGAUAGCGACGACGACGACAGUGAGGAUGACGAAGAUGCAGAGCUGCAGAGGGAGCUGGAGCGCGUGAGGAGGGAGAGGGAGGAGAAGAAGAAGCGAGAGGUGAGCGUGAUAUUUCAGCCCUGGCUGUUGUUGUGA